AUGAAAGAAAAUCAAGAAAUCUCUCAUAAACAAGUUGAAUACUAUCAAUUUCAAGAUUCUAUUAAGAACAAGUUUGAAUCUUUGUCAAUGGUGGAUGAUGGAGGGAAAAUAGGCGAUUUAUUCGACUCCACGAAUAAAAAAAAUCAAAAAGUACUAUCAUAUGAUAAACAAGGUGAAUAUCAAUAUCAAGGUUCUAUCAAGAAAUUUAGAUCUUUGUCAAUGGUGGAUGAUGAAGAUAAAAGAGGCGAUUUACUCGUUGAAUCGGAGAAAUUAGGGUUAUCGGGGCGUGAGAAGUUGAAGAGGCAUUGGAGAGAAGUUGGAGGUAGAGUUUGUGUGCCAGAUAGAUGGGGACAUGAGGGUUCUUUGAGGGAAUGGAUGGAUUGUUCUUCUUUUGAUAAUAUACUAGCUCCGAAGGGACUAAAAUCAGCUCGUGAAGCCUUGAUGUCUCAAGGAAAACGAGCACGUUCAAGUUCAACUUCAAGAAUGCUCGAAAUCAGAAGUAGAUAGUCAU